AGAAUUCAAGCGGAACCGUCUUUGCUAAGUUUUUCAUACUGAAGGUUUUUUGGCGCGCAACUCUUAGCUGCUUUGCCAGCUGUUGUUGUUGUCGAAGUUGUAUGUUUUUAUUAUUAAUCAAGUGACAAGCAAGAAGCAAGCAUGGCAGACUUGAAAUUGAGGAGACUAGUGUCCUCUGCUUUUAAAUUGAGCGGAUUUACUCUUAGAAGUGAGGCCUGCUCAUUUUUAAUGGUUCAAUUAGAACCACUGAGUGAUGGAGAAAGGAAAGAGUGGCUGGACAACUUGACAGACAAUAUCCAGCGACAGCCAUUGAAUUCUGCCACUAUUGAGAAGGAGCAGGUUGAGCGAGCCAUACAGGAAUGCUGUCGGAGUGGAGCUGAUGAUAGUGAACCUAUUCUAUCAGUUAUAAGUGCCUUCGAAACUCCACGGUUCACCUACAAUGUAGACCGCAAAAAGUUCACACUAAUAACUGGACAGCCACCAGAAAUCCUUGGGUGUGCUGCUGAUAAAGCGAGACUAUUUAGAAAUAGGUUCCAAAUCAUUCAUCAAAGAACAGCUCGUCAUCCUUUGUUUGCACCUUCUUUAUCUGAAACUUUAGGAGAUCUUGAUGAAAAUGGGGAACCAAGAGUAAAGAAAUAUAAAUUGUCACCUGUAGAAAAAUUGCUUUGUACAUCAUCAAGGAUAGCAAAUGCUGUUGUGUUGGGCAUGCUUACUCAACUCAAGGAGGGGAAAUUCUACAUUGAAGACCCUACUGGUGCUGUGCAACUUGACCUGUCAAAUGCUAGCUAUCAUCGUGGUUUACACACCGACAAUGGGAUUGUAUUAGUGGAGGGUAGCUAUGAAGACCGUAUUUUAUAUGUGGACGGGAUCGGGCAGCCACCUGCUGAGCUUUCAAAAACAAGCCGAGCAUAUUUUGGAAAUAUCAAUACAUUUGGGGGACCAUCUGAAACAUGCCUUAAAAAUUCAGCAAAAUUAUUAAAGAUAGAGAAAAGCAACGAAGAUGGAAUGAUCAUUUUUAUUGCUGAUGUUUGGCUUGAUCACUUGAAGGUUAUGGAAAAGCUUCGUGCCAUGUUUGAGGGUUUUCUUGGCUGUCCACCUAUUGCAUUCGUUUUCAUGGGAGACUUUUUAUCAGGACAAUUAGGAGCAUCUCACUGUUCAGAAUUGAGAUUGAAAUUCAAGAGACUUGGUGAAUUAUUGGUUCAGUAUCCCUUGCUCACAGAAAAGUGCCAUUUCAUUUUUGUGCCUGGCCCCGGUGAUCCUGCAGGACCCAAGAUAUUACCGAGACCACCGCUACCAAAGUUUGUCACUGAAGAGCUUUUGAAGAGAGUUCCUAAUGCCAUUAUGGCAACAAAUCCUUGCAGAUUGCAAUAUUGCACUCAGGAAAUUGUGGUAAUAAGAGAGGAUCUUGUUACCAAAAUGUGUAGAAACAAUAUACAUUUUCCAUCAGAUGGGGAAAUACCUGACCAUUUUGCUCGAACAAUAAUUUCCCAAGCUCACCUUGCACCACUUCCUCUAAGUGUGUGUCCUGUUUAUUGGCCAAUGGACUCUGCUCUACAAUUGUACCCUCUCCCAGAUCUAAUAGUUACAGCUGAUAAAUUCAACUCAUUUUCCACUGCUCACAUGGAGUGUCAGGUCAUGAAUCCUGGUUCGUUCCCAAGAAGUGAGUUUUCAUUCAAAGUGUAUGUGCCUUCUUCCAAGACAGUAGAAGACAGCCAGAUCCCCGAUGAAGAGGAUUAAAGAGAAAUCAUAGCACUUACAUUGUAUAACUAUUUUUGAACAUGAUAUUUGUACAUAGUCUUGAACAUGUCAGUUAUUAUUUAAUAAAAAUUAUGAUUUUUACCAUAAA